ACCAAAUGGAAAUGGUAUUUCGUCGGCAGUCUGACAAUACCUGCUAACUGACAUUUUUUUCAUAUGAAAUAAUCUGCCAACUACAGAUAAUUCAUACUAUUAGCUGACGCAAUACCUGCUAACGUCCGGUUGCAUUCUUUUUCUCCGAAUAACCAGCCAAGACUCCAGAAGUUUUCAAAUAAGGAUUGGCUCCAAACAAAUUCGGUUAUAACGGAGAAAAUAAGAGCUUUAACUGCAAUAUUUGACUUUAAAAACGUGUCUUUGACUAGAUUUGUAUUAAUUUAUUUUUCAAGUGUCCACGAAUUCAUUAUAAUGGGAAUGUGCUUUGUGCCUGACUGCAAGCACUAGUGAAAAACAAACGUGCAGAUUUUUUCGGUUUCCUUUAAACAAGACAGAAAGGAAUAGAUGGAUUUCUCUUAUAAGGAAAAAAUAUAGAGGUCCUAGUCAAUUCUCCAAAGUUUGUGAUUGCCAUUUUAUAGAUCAGGAUAAGAAAAAUGGACCAACAUUAUUUGAUUUUAAUAUUAAAAAGCGAUUCAACAUAACAACCCCAGAAAAAAGGUGUGCAUAUGGCAUAAAAAGCAUGAUCAUAAUAUGAGUUUUUUUUUAGAAAGCGGUCCGUAAAGCAACAGGAGAAUCAGUCAUCAUUUGCUGACUCACUACCAGGCCUUUCUACACAGCCUUGCUCCACUCAAGGCAAGCUGCCAAGUGAACCAUCAAAACCCUUUAACAAUCCAGAACAAACAGUGACUGGAUUAAAACUUGAUAGUUUACUUCUCAGCCCAUCACCUGCUUCUCAAGAUGCUGAGAUUUAUUUUUUGAAACAACAAGUUAAUGAAUUAACUGAAAAAUUAGAGAAGUUAACAACACGGUUUAGUUAUGAAGUGAUAAAAAAAUGAUGCUCAUAUAUUAAUGUACACUGGUAUACCAGCAAAUGAAUUAUUCAUUGUGCUUUUUGAGCUAAUGAAUGACAUACAAAUAAAAUAUGGUGGCUGGAAUGUUCAACAUAUCCCCAAAGAUGAUCAGCUUCUGAUGACACUGAUGAAAUUAUGACUGAAUUUGCCCCAUGAAGAUCUGAGUAUUAGAUUUAAUUGCAGCACAGCUACUGUUACCACUAUUAUUAUGACUUGGAUUUACGCUUUGCAUGAAGUGCUAAAGAAACCAAACCUGCCUUCCUGCUGCAUUUACUAAUUUUAAAAAUUGUGGAAUUAUAUUAGACUCCACAGAAAUUUACUCCACAGUUCCAGCAAGCAUGGAAAAUCAGAGGUUGACGUACAGUUCUUAUAAACACAAAAAUACAUGGAAAUUUUUGGUAAGAGUGGCACCAAAUGGGGUAACAACAUUUGUUAGCAAAGCUUAUCCAGGGUCGAUAUCUGACAAGAAGAUUGUUAAACAGAGCAAUGUUUUAAAUCAAAUGGUUCCUGGAGAUAUGAUUCUAGCAAAGGUUUUUUAAUUAAAGACCUUCUUCCUGCUGGAGUGUCGCUCAAUAUUCCACCCUUUUUAACUACACCCUAGUUCACAGAGUCGCAG